ACCAGUUGUCAACAUUCUGUGGUAGCUGCUAGCUGCGUUAGCACCGGUUAUCUGUAGUUUAGAGUUACUCUGUAGGUAGAAAUGUCUCGGGCUCAGGCUGAAAACGUGAUAAAAAACAUAAUUCGUGAAAUAGUCCAGGAGUGUGCGAUGCGGGCACAGUCUGUGUCGGACACUCUGGUGGCUUUUAUGGUGAAAGCUGUGGUGUUGGACCCAAGAAAUGGCUUUAAUGUUGACCGUACACUCACCAAACAAGAUAUCGAAAAACUGGAAGAGCUUUGCUUGGAUAAACUAAUGGAAAAGUGUAGCCCCUCCCUUGACACAAUCAAAAUGCAAGUGUAUUUUGAUAUGAAUUACACCUCCCGACGGGAGUCUCUUGAGGAAAUCCAACGGGUGAUGAAGUCCAGGCUGAUCCCAGUGAGCAGAGACAUCACUGACAGCAGGGUGAAAACCAGGGAGGAGUGUGACGCUCUGUACCGUAAAAUCGUCACCUACAUCCUGCAACGCUCCGCCAUGGGCUCCCCCACAGACACCAAAACAAUGCAAGAGGCUACAGCUGCCCUGCAGAGCGUCUUCCCUCAGACUGAAGUGGGAACCUUCAUGGUGCUGUUUAAGAAAGACAAGGAGCAGCAGCUUGUAGAGCUCACCAUGCUUGUCACUGGGAUCCUGCUCUUCAACAAAGUCAGCAAGAAGGAGGAGGUGGAGGUCCACAUCAAUGAUUUAAUACCUACGGUUGUCAAAGAAGUUCUUCCCGUCACCACUAAAAGUAUAGAAAACGAGCUACAUGUGACACAGAGUCUGGCGUGGAAGUAUACAGCUCUGCUGGAGGAGCUAACCGACCCUGACGUUCAGCACAAACAGUGUGACAUGCCCAUUGUUCUGCUCAAACAGGCUCUCUACAACGUCAGGCAGCAUGAAGUUUUCCUCAAAAUGUUACUGGCUGAUGCAGAUUUAUGUACCAAACACAUUGAAAUGCUGCAGACUGAGCUCUCAUCAAAGAUGAAGCUGCUGAAAGAAACUAUGCAGUCAAAGACAGCGGUACCAACUGCAACAGUUUUUCCAGUGUUCAAGGUCCUGUCAAAGCUGUGGUCCGGACUUCAGGAUGAGGCUGAGCUUCUGAAUAUCCUCAGUAACAUCACACUCAGUCUUCAGCCUUUCCUCGCCUCUCAGGCCAAGAUUUUCUCUGAACCUUAUCUGGACGGCCUGCUGGAGGGAUCAGAGGUGAAGACAGAUGAACAGAGAAUGACGGAGUCCUCAGACGAGCGCAUUGAUCCAGAUCAGUUGACGCCACAGGAAUGGCUCCUGCCUGAAACAACGACCAGUUUUAAUGAGCUGCCACAACAAUAUAAUGGAUUCUGUGGCUACACAUUUGUAAACAGAGAUGGGCUUUUACUUCCAGGUAAUCCACACAUCGGAGUCCUGAAACACAAGGGGAAGCUCUACGUUUUUAGCUCCAAACAAGCUGCCUUGAACUUUGCCUGCAGUCCAGAUGACUUUGUUGAGAAGGUGGCAGAAAAGGCCAAGUACUCCCCUGAACUCAUUCAGCUCCUCAAACUCCCCCAGCAGUUUUCCUGUGUCAGUCCGUACUCUGAGUUUUUGACUCUUUUGCAGUUGCAGCCAGGAGAGAGUUUGCUGGUCACCAAGUGUGAGAGUGGCACGCAGACUGACAUACACCCGAUGGAGACAAACAUCGUGAAGUCAUAUGAGUGGAAUGAGUGGGAGCUUCGACGGAAAGCUCUCAAACUGGCUGAUCUUCGGACCAAAGUGACACACUCCACGCAGACUGAUCUGAGCCACCUGAGACGGGAAAACGUCACUCAGACCUGGCUGCCCAAAGACGCUGCCUGCCAAAGCAAGAGAGACGGUGAGAGCAACGUGCCCAAACCUCAGAUCUACCUGGCAGGUCUGAGGGGACAAAGAAAUGCACAAGUGGCCAAAAUAAACCUGACCAGGUCUGUGGAUGAAUAAGCAAGGUGCGCAGAAACAUUUAACACAAUAAAGGUUAUUGUAAGCAUG